CCGGCGAUUCCAUCUCGACACACGACCCAACCUUCAUCCCGAUCGCCAACGGUCCUUCGCAAACGAGCGUAAUCUGCACGCGCGCGAAAAAAAGAGAAAGGGAAGACAGAAACCCCCGCGUUAUUUCGUUCUCCGAUCGAUCGCGCCAAUCGAUAGUUCGCGCGAACCGGUGAGAGCCGACUUGGGAGACAAGAGCAAGAGAAGCCGAAGAAGAGCAAAGGAAGCCGUGCCCGACGCCAACUCGUCUGGCAAGAGUUACUCGCUUACGGAGAAGAGAAAAAGACAUAUCACGAUGAUAAAAUUCGCCGUGGCAACGAUGGUAUGCCUCUUGGGGCUGAAGAUGAUCGCCGCCAUGCCAGUGGCCGAUCACCACGAGGGCCACGUACCGCUGCCGGUCGUGCCUCUCGAGACUACCGAGGAGAAGGCCCCGACGGAGCCUGCUUUGAAAACGGUGGAUGCACCUGCGGAAUCUGCGAUAGCUGCUAGCCAGCCAGAGCCAGCACCGGCCGAGCCGGCCGCGGUCGACGCGCCUGCUGCGAAGAGCAGCGAGGAGAUCCAACCAGCUGAGGCGAAGAAGGACGAGCCGGCACAGCCAGAGCAGCCGAAAGCUGAGGAAGCUCAGGCACAACCCAAGUCAUCCGAAGAGCAAAUCGAAUCCGCAGAAAAAGAGGAGCCGAAAGUGUUGGCUACUGCUGAGGCCGAGAAAAAGCAGGAGGAAGAAUCCUUGAAGGAGGCCGCUUCCGAGGCCCAGGAAUCGGUGCAGCCUGCGCCGCAGUCCGCACAACAAUCGGCCGAGAAUCCAGCCGAGAAGAAAGCAGAGGAACAAAUAGCCAGUGAAGCUAAGAGUGUGGAACCGGCGGAACCUGCGGCUGAGAAGCCUGCGAUUGCGGCCAUCGAGAAGCGCGCCGACGAUGCCAUUGCCAAGGAAGAACCGAAAGAGGAACAGAAGGAAGAACCAGUGACGCAGUCAAUCCCGAAGAAAGAGGAGGCGGAAAUUCCCGCGCCCGCUGCUACCGAGGAGAAAAAGGUCGAGACAGCUGAACAGCCGAAAGAAGCUACCCUCCACUCGCUCGCCCAUGCCAAGAUCGACGAGAAGCCCGAUCGAGUAAUCCGCGAGGCUGAAGAAGCCGCCGCGCCUGCCUCCGCAGCUGCCCCGGCCGCUCCCGCUGUUCCCGCCACCCAGGAGGUCCAGGAAUCGGCCCAGCCACAGGAGAAAUCUGCACCUGUCGAAACACCCGAGCAGAUAACUACAACAAAUGUUGCAUCGUCCGAAGAACCGAAACUCGCCAAAAGGAGCGAGAAUGUCGAGAAAAGCGAGCAAGUAGAGACGGUUCCUGCCGAACAACCAGCUGUCAAAGCUCAGACACCGAGCGAGGAAAAGAUAGCCGAAGAGAAGGAGUCUGAGAAAGAAGCGAAGAGCGCCGAGGCCCCGGUCCAACAAGUAGAGGCGGCCAGUGAACAACAACCGGCGCAGCCUCAGGAGUCCAGUCAGAUUAAGCGAGACACAGUGGAAGCAGCCGAACAGCCUCAGGCCAAGUCGGAGAUUUCUGCUAACGAGUCGCAACCGACCCAACAGCCUGCUCAACAGCCACAGGAAGGUGCCAAAGAGGCGAAGGAACGUUCCAACGAAUCCUCCGAAGAGAAGCCCAGCGAGGAGACCAAGAGCAGCGAGGAAUCCUCCGAGGAAAAGGAAAACAAGCCCAAAAUUGCGGAAUUGCUCCCGAAACCCGAGCAAUAAAUUUUAGCGCGAGGAGGGUUUGACGAGUAACCUCAGCAGCGCGGCAGCAAUAGUAGCAGCAGCAGCAGCACCAUCUCGAGGAAUAGGAGGAUUGCUCCUCUUAAGGAUCGGGUCGAGCUCAUGCAUUGACGUUUCUCCGAGACCCAUGCACGAGUUCGUCGCGAUGCAACAGUGAAAGCAAGCGACAGAGAGAAUGCAUGUGUGUGUGUAUGUGUAUCUGAAAACGAGCAAGAGCGCAAGAAUGCAAUCGUCGAAAUGUCAAAAUAAGAAGCAUGUAACGAUGAGCCCAGAAAAUGUGAAAGUAUCGCACAGUGUGAAUGAGAGAAAGAGAGAGAGAGAGAGAACGAGAAAGCGCGAAAGAACGACCCCACCAACCCGAUCAAUCUUUCUAGGGUAGGGUUGUCCGAUCUUCACGGCGCAUUACGAUCUCGGUAGCGCAUCUCCGGGGACACGGGACGAUCGCGUGUUGCCGGAUACUAUCGGCGGCAUCAGCGAACGAUCACUCGUAUCGAUUGAUAUUUAAUCGAUACGCACGUGAUCGCACGCUCGAUCUCGGUAAUUCCGAUAGCAGACGGAGAACACACGAUGAUCCUUUUUCCCUCAACUCCGGAAUGCGGCUCGGCCUGGGUCCGAGCAGUAUUCCUGUUUGUCCUGGCGGACACCGCAAUCUGUCCGCGAGGA